UCACGGUCGACCCUUAUGGACAUGCUCGUAGACGUGUGUCGGAAAAUGAUGUAAAUAAUGGAACAUUCAAAAACAAGCUCCUAUUGUGCUACUGACAUUUCCAUGCAUGGAAAGAAUCGUCGUAAUUCAAUAUGAAGAUCAACAAGAAAGGCAAAUCAAGACGCAAACGUUCCAAAGCUGCUGCUAGUGGUUCCCAAAAUGUUACUACAAAAUCCAUAGAAACACGGCGUUUGCGACGUGAAUCGCGUACCCUCGACAGUUCACAAAAGAACAACGCGUCGGAACAGAACCAUAAUGAACCGAAUCUCAUCGAAACAGAAUCUCAAACUGUUGACUGCAAACAGCGAUCGCAACCUAGCAACCUAGCUAAGAUUCGCAACUGUUACAUCUUACUGAUUCGUUCUAUGUCUGGGAUCUCAAUCACUUCCGAUAGUGGAAACAACAUCCAGAAACCAAAGCAAAUAGAGGGUUCAAGUGACGAGAAGAAAGUCAACAGCCAGACCGAUCUAAAAGCGUCCGGAGGCUCAGUGAAAAACAUUAAGAAGAAAAGGGGAGCAAAUUUAGUACAUGGUGAUGGCCAAGGCAGCCUUAAAGAUCAUCCUACGUGUGCGAAGCCUGGUGCUUCAGGUAGUGGAAAGUAUGUCAGGCAUCGCAAGGAUUCCCAGACUACAACCAUAAAAUUACUAGAAAAACAACGUUUGCGGCGUUCACGAAAGGGCAGUACCUCGAAACCGACGCACAAUGAACCGAACGUUAUCAAAGCAAAAACUCAAACAGCUCACUCCAAAAAGCGUACCCAUCGCAGUAGCUUGGUUAAGGUUCACAAGAAAAGCUCAAUGAUUCGUUCAAAGUCUGCGAAGAUGCAAGCUACAGACGGUGGAAAGAACAUCCUGCAAGGAAAACGAAUGGCCGAUUCGAAUAACGACGAGGAAGUCAACACCCAGCCCGAUUUAGAAGUGGCCGGUGAUUUUGUGAGAAACAUUAAAAAGAAAAGGCAAGGAAAAAUAGUACAUAAGGAUGACCAGGAUGUUCUAAACGAUGAUUCCAGCCCUGUGACGUCAAUUGCUGUAUGUGCUGGAAAAUCCAUCCAGAAACGAAAGCGAACCGAUGGUUCAAGUGGCAACGAGGAAGUAAGCAUCGAGGAGAAAUCUUCCGGGAAUUUUGCGAAAUACGUAAAGAUGAAAAGAAGAACAAACGAAGAAAACGGUGACGACCAGGAUGUCCCAAACGAUAUUUCAAAGUCUGCAAAGCCUGGUGCUUCAGAUAGUGGAAAUUACAUCAGGCAUCGCAAGGGAAAACGUGGCGACGAUGCACGAAACGACGAGGAAGUUAACAUGCAACCUGAGUUAGAUGCGUUAAAUGUUUCUGCGACAAACAUAAAGAAGGAAAAGAAGAAAAGAGGCAGAAACGCAGGACAUGGUGACGACCAGGAUAUUCUCAACGAAGAUUAUAUGAUAGUAGGUAGUGGAAAGUGCGUCAAGCAACGAAAGCGAAGCGACAAUUUAACUCACCAGGAGAAAUUCAGCAUCCAGAUCGAUUCAAAUCCAUCCGGUGAUUCUAAGGAAAAUGUAAAGGAACCGAAGAAAAUAGGACAAAAAAUGUUGUAUGUCCUAGUCCAGGAUGUAUUAGCCAAUGGUUUUACGUCUAUGAAGUUGAGUGCUACAGGUGGAGGGAAGUGCAUCCAGCAACGAAAACAAAGCGCCGAUUCAAGUGACGUGGGGAAAGUAAGCAUCCACACUGAUUCAUAUCCGGUCGAUGGUUCGGCAAAAAACGUACAGAAAGAGAAUAAUGGAAUAGGAGGAACUGUUAUAUCUGGUGACCACCAGAAUGUCUACAACGAUGGUUCUACGUUUGAAAAUUCUGGUGAUUCAAAUAGUGGAAAGUACAUCAGGCAACGAACACGAAAGAAUGAUUCAGACAACGAGAAGGAAGUCAACAGCCAGGCUGGUUUAGAUUUGUCUAGUAGUUUUGUAAAAAUCAUCAAGAAGGAGAAAAAGAAUAGAGAAGAAAACAUGGUUCUUAGUGGCGAGCAGUGCAUCCUAGAUGAUGGUUUUACGUCUACGAAGCCGAGUGCUUCAGAUGCUGGAAAGUACACCAAACAAAGAAAGCGAAAGCGAAGUUGUGAUCCAAGUAACGAGGAGAAAAUCUGCAUCCAGACCGUUUCAGAUUCGACCGGUGGUACUGCAAAAAACAUUAAGAAAAAGAAAAGUGGAUAUGUAGUACAUGGUGACAACAAAGGUAUCCUAGAAGAUCGUUCCUUGCAUGCUUCAGACAGUGCUGCAGAUAGUGGAGAGCAUAUCCAGCAACGUAAUCUAAACGAUAAUCCAAUUGACGAAGAGGAAAUCAUCAUGCAGCUUCAAAAUAUGCAGAAGAAGAACGAAGAAAUCAACACACAGAAUGACAAUCUGAACAUCUUACGCAAUGGUUCGAAAAGUAGACCGUUUUUGUCAGAUUUUGAUUUUAUGAGGGCUCGCAAGAAGGCGGAGAACAGCCAUCGUCGUAAGCGCAAUCAUGACUGUGACACCUACGAAGGUGAAGCAAUGAUCGAACUAUUGGACCAAAUGAAACAGGCAGCCAUCCAGGAUCGACAACUAAAUCUAGACGGUAAGCCAGCCACGAAGAAAAUCGCCAUCCUGCACAAGGUGAUGAAGCAGUUAAUCAAUAAGAACCUGCAGCCGACUUUGCUCAGCCACAAUGUACUGCAUGUACUAGCCGAGUGGAUCUCACCACUGCCCAACAAAGCACUACCAUGUUUGCAGAUUCGUGAGAGCAUCCUGAAACUGUUGGCCGAUUUCCCUAGCAUCGAUAAGCUCUAUCUAAAGGAGUCCGGGAUAGGCAAAGCGGUCAUGUAUCUGUACAAGCACCCGAAAGAAAUCAAAGCAAACCGGGCACGGGCUAACGUGUUGAUCAGCGGUUGGUUUCGGUCGGUCUUCAACAUAAGUACCGACUUCAAUGGCAUGUCGCUCGAUGAGCGUCGCCAGCAUGAUAUGCGGCAAUUACCGAAGAAUUUCAAACCAUCGACACAGGAUGCUGUUCCUUCGAAGCCAGUCGUUCGGCCUGAUUUUUGGUUGUUCAAUGCACAUAAAAACACUAUCCGUCCGGGUGAGAAAGGUUGGAUCAGUCGGGCACGCGUCCCGAUGCCCUCCGACAAGGUGUACAUAAUGAGACCGAAAUCAAAAAUUGAAACCAGUCUGAUCAGUAGUGUGACGAAGAAACAACCAAAUCGCUACGAAAUGUAUCUGAAGAAGUUCAACAACUACAAACGGAAAAGCACAACGCGUUCUCCGGUACAGCUUGCCAUUACAGAAGGAACGAAAAUGUGUGACUAUUGAAGCAGAAUAAUUCCUAGUUAGUGGUGGGUAUUUGAUGAGCAAUUUAGGCGUUAAAACGUUGACCAAAUACUGUAAAAAAAUGUAACUGCUGGUGGUUAUUGAGGUCAGAAUUUAACAUUAUUGCUUUGUGUUGCACCAGCUAUCAACGUUUGUGGUGUAAUUUUUUAAAAUAAUUUUAGAAUUGACCUUUUCAUCAUAACAAUAUUGUUUUCAUUGAAUUCAAGGAGGUUCAUACAAAAAUUUGUUCGUUCUUAACUAAACUCUUGCUAUUCGAACUUCAAAAAUAGAUAAAAUAGAUAUUAAAUGUUUGCUUUACAA